UUAAGCGGUCUUCUCUCUCGAUGUAAACUGUCUGCAAACCAGUCAGCGUCAACUCAGCGGAGGGCAGACUCAAGACUUGUUGUUCCUGCCAUCCGCACAGGCUAGCAUGUAGUGAGUCUGUAGUUUCGCAUUUGCAAUAUGAAGAAUGGAAGAAGACGAUGUUACCAUCAGAGAGCAGAAUUUCCACAGCCAAGUGCGAGAGUACAUCAUUUGCUUCCUACUGUUCGCAGUACUCUACAUCGUGUCGUACUGCAUCAUAACCAGAUACAAGAGGAAAAGUGAUGACCAUGAGGAUGAAGAUGCUGUUGUCAAUAGAAUAUCAUUGUACCUGUGCACCUUCACCCUGGCAGUGUCAGGUGGUGCCGUCUUCCUCCUGCCUUUCUCUAUCAUUAGCAAUGAGAUCCUCCUCUCCUUCCCCAAAAACUAUUACAUUCAGUGGCUCAAUGGCUCCCUCAUUCAUGGGCUGUGGAACCUGGUGUCGCUGUUCUCCAACCUCUGCCUCUUUGUCCUGAUGCCCUUCGCAUAUUUCUUCUUGGAGUCUGAGGGAUUUGCUGGAUCAAAAAAGGGCAUUAAGGCGCGUAUUCUCGAGACCUUUGUGAUGCUUUUCCUGCUGGCUUUGCUGAUCCUGGGCAUCGUGUGGGUGGCAUCAGCACUCAUUGACAAUGAUGCAGCCAGUAUGGAGUCACUCUAUGAUCUCUGGGAAUUCUACCUACCGUACCUCUACUCCUGUAUAUCUCUGAUGGGUGGACUGCUUUUGCUAAUGUGUACUCCUGUUGGCCUGUCUAGGAUGUUCACUGUGAUGGGCCAGUUACUAGUGAAGCCAACAAUCCUGGAGGACCUGGAUGAGCAGAUUUACUGCAUCCAUUUGCAGGAGGAAGCCCUUCAGAGGAGAUUAAACGGAUCAUCCUCACAUGCUUACACUCGAGGAGGCUCUGUUAACCAGCUCAACAAAGAAUUGGACAACAUCAGAAAUCAAAGAAAUAAAUUGGAGAGGAGAAAGAAAGCAUCAGGCUGGGAGAAGAACUUGCUGUAUCCCAUAGUGAUGCUGAUACUGCUUGCAGGAACGACAAUCUCAGUUUUAAUGGUGGCAUUGAAUAUCCUCUACCUUCUAGUGGAUGAGACUGCCAUGCCCAAGGGAUCCACAGAUCGAGGCAUCGGGAACACCUCGCUGUCCACAUUUGGUGUGGCUCAGGCGGUGCUAGAGAUCAUUCUCAUGUUCUACUUGAUGGUGUCCUCAGUUGUCGGCUUCUACAGCCUACGCGUCUUUGAAGGCCUCACUCCCAGGAAGGAUGACACGACCAUGACAACGAUCAUUGGUUGCUGUGUGUCAAUCCUGGUGCUCAGUUCAGCGCUGCCAGUGAUGUCCAGAACACUUGGCAUCACCAGGUUUGAUCUCUUGGGAGACUUUGGGAGAUUUAAUUGGCUGGGAAACUUCUACAUUGUCCUUUCAUACAACCUGCUGUUUGCAGUCGUGACAACACUCUGUCUUGUGAGAAAAUUCACCUCAGCAGUACGAGAGGAGCUCCUAAAGGCCUUAGGUCUGGAUAAAUUGCAACUGUCAAACAGCCCCACGGACCCUGAGUCUGGGAAGCUCUCGGCCAACGGGCAUCAGAAAACUCUGUGAAAGGGACGAUAGAUCAAGACACAUGCACACACACACACACACACACACACACACACACACACACACACUCACACACACAUGCACACACACAUGUACACCUCAGCGCAGCCAAAGGGAGAUUUCGACAGUCUUGCCUGACUGCUGAAAGGUGAAAGGGAUUGGAAGGGACUUAAUAAACCCAGGCAAUGUCUGACGGAUGCUGCAAAUGGAGGCUGAGAGCAAUUUAGCUUCAUGACAUUCCAUCCUCUGCGUCUCGGAUGGAAGCUGGGACAGAGCCAGGGAUGAGACUGAGGAGUGAAAUAGACUGGCAUCACUGCAGUGACCUUGAUGUUGACCUCAACCGUGACUGUGACUUUAAACUACCCAUCUCUUGCUUCAGGGGCACUCUAACCCCAGCAUCACCUGUUAUGCCCCUGCAGCCUCCUCACCACUGCAUUAGACAAAAGCUAGAGGGUGCAGCAGGUGAAAAAAAUCACCUUCUGCGGUUGCUGAAGAGCUAGGUUCUGAUUUGUUUUGUCUUUAUUAAGUCUUAACAUCCCAUUAUAAGGUUACACUUUCUUUCUACACAACUUGCUCCUCUUCUGUAGUCACUAUAGGUACAAGGCACCAAAACCAUAGCCAGAGGCAAAGGGUAAAUUUUAAUGUUAGUAUCUCCAUGUUAAUUGGUGUCAGUAACACAAGAACAUUCAUCGAGCAUUCGCAGUUUAUGGUCCGUACUUGCUGGUCUUUGAUUGUUGUCAUGUGAACGGAUAUAGGCAUGUAGUAAGGUGUCAGUUUGUCAUUAUUUAGUUGUGAUUCUGAUUUAAGCUCAAAAUGUGAAGAUAGCAAGUUAUGCUUUGUUCAGCAUGAAAGUCAUUUACUCACACUCAUCACAGCCAGUAUAUAUAACACCACCACAUUAGUACAAUAUAGAUUGUAUGCAAUUGCAUUGUUUUUCUUACUGAUAGGCCUCUGAUUUUAGCACUUGUGCUAUCAUUUGUUCUUUUAUUUGGCUUUACUGAAGUGCGCUUUAACUUCAUGGAUGAUGUCAUUACUUUGUUUGAAGUAGGCUACGAACUCUUUUUAGGUGCUCUAGAUUAGACUUAGGCUACUCUACAGAUGGGAAAUUAGAGUGGCUUUUCAAAGGAGUACAUUUUGGUUCCAAAGAGCAGACUGCUUUUGUGCAUUUGGAGCCGACGCUGUGGUUGUAUUUACUGAAGAUUUUAUUAUGCACACGGUGAAAAAAUGUCAUCAUAGUUUUGAUCUUCACAAAAAUUAAUUAAUACGCAAUUUUAAAUUCACAGGGCACAGAAAAUUUGUCAAAUCUUUGUCAUUUUUGUAAAUGCUGUAUUUACAUGUACAUAAUGUAUUAUGUUUCAUACCUCUUUUGCAUUAUUUGGUUGUAAAUAGUGGGCUCUCAUUCAGGCCAUCAAGGGUCUGACUCGCUAAGCAAUUUGCACCUCUUUUUGUACAUAUGGUUGACAAUACCUAAAGCUAAUGCAAACAUGAACCUGUCUUUACAUUCAUAAUGCAUGAGUGGAAAAUGUGCAGCUGGUACAAAAACUUGGUGACAUGGGCCCGUAUGUUGUGUUGCUGUGUAAUCUUCUGGACUGUGAUGUUCUCCGUCUUCAGAACCACCUUUAAUGCCUUAUAGGACGAGCAUCUUGCAGGCUUUGUGUUAAGGUCGUUUCUUGUUCUGUGUCGUGCGUUUUUGCGUGUGUGCCAUUACACACGCACCUUGUGCGUCUCAAGACAAUUCCACUGUGAUCCCCUGUAUGUCACCGAAUCUGCAGUCAAAAGCCAGCCAGAUAAAACAAACUGUUUUGCCAUGGAUAAACUCUAUUGUGAACCCACAGCGAGCUCUUACAGGAGUCUCCAUUUUGAGACUCAUUCAUCACCUGAAAUACCCAAGCACUUGGUAGGAUACAGUUGAUGGCCAUAAUAAUGUACAGAUAUUUCUAUGGUGGUAUAGAUGUAAUGUGUUUUCAUGGUGUCUAAUGUGACAUGAUGACGACCACAACGUAGAAAAGGAAAAAUUUGUUUUAUACAUGCAUUUGAAACUUUUGUUUCUUUUGACAGGGAAUGUUUUACAUCGAUUCUGUUCACAAAAAAAAGGAAGGGCGGCCUCUCAUUGGUGGUUGAUGUAUUACAAAGACUGGAGUGAAAAUAAAAUUCACAGUAGUCCUAACUCUCAAAAAAAAAAAAAAUUAAAAUAAUAAUAAUUUUGAAGCCAUCCUCUCA